AUGAUCCACAAACCAAAAGUCGUACCAAACGUUCCUGAGUCUGUUCAGUUGAAACUUCUCGAAGUAAGAGAACAGAUUCAAAAGGAACAAAAACAGAGAGAUAGUCUGUUUAAUCCGAUGAACUCACCUGGCCCUGCUUCCAUUACUCUUCUACAAAAUUCGAGCACUAAAAAAAAGAAAAACAAUGAUAGCAACAAUAGCAAUAGUGCUAAACACUCACAACCAAUCAGUCGAGAAGUCACAUACGUUAAAGAAGCAAAAGAUGAUGGGAGUACUAGUAAUAGGGGGCUUGUCGCUGCUGCUGCUUUGACCGCCGCAUUCGUUAAACCGUUCCCACAUAAACAGUCUCAUGAAGGCGAGGAACAAGAUAAUGACGAUGAUCACAAUGAAAUUCAAACGGAUCGUUCGUUUAAUAAUGCUCUUCCUGAAAAUUAUAUUGUUAAUAAACAACAAAAUAUCAUCACUUGCAUGUGUGGAAGUAACGGCACCCUGGAUGGCGACGUCAAAAAAAACGAUCUCAUACAAUGUAAUCGUUGUAAUAGAUGGCAACAUUUACAAUGCUAUGGUUUGGAAAAUAACUUGGAGAUUCUACCGCUCAAAUUCUUUUGCAACAUUUGCAAACCAAAUUUAUCUAUUGAAAAUUAUAAAAUUGACAAGAAAAGAAUUGAAAAGAAAAGAAAUAAGCCAUUCAGUCUGCAAAUUCAAAUAGAAAUUCAAAAUCAGCUCCAAGCUCAAACAAAAGGAAAACUAGCACAUAAUAUACCGUCUACUAGUGACAGCAAUAAUAAAAAUAAUAAUAAUAACAACAUCAACAGAACACACUUUAGUAGUAAUAUUCUUAAAAAUAACAGCAAUAGUCAUAAUACCACCAAAACUUUACGCGAAGUAACAAAUAAUAACACUAGUGAAUAUGAAUACAAUGAUAAAUAUGUUAGAAAUUUUAUAGACGAUCAUAAUAGUGAUGAUUGGGUGAGACCAUUGAAUAAGGAAUUGAAACUAUCAUCCAAUUCUGUAGAAGUGAAAAACCUCAACCGUACUAUGGUAGGAGUCUAUGCAGUACAAAAUUUCCAGAAAAAUGAUCUUAUAAUGAUUUAUCCUGGGUUGAUUGAUUUUCAGAAAAGUUACAUAGAUGAUCCUGAAAAUGAAUAUAAAGUUUGGGGUACUACAAGACGUUUCAUCCUGUUUCAUCCACAUUGGCCGAUUUUCAUUGAUUCAAGAAACAAAAAUUCUAAGAUCAAGUAUUUAAGGAAAAGUUGCCAGCCUAAUGUGGAACUGAAAACUAUAAAAGUCGACGAUACAAUCAAGUUCGUAAUUGCUGCUAUUGAAGAAAUUAAUAUUGGCGAUGAACUAACUAUAAGUUGGCAAUGGGAUCUAAGACAUCCAAUAGCACCUGUAAAUAAUGAUAAUCAGACGUACUUGGAAUCCUUAAAUCAUGCAAACAAACUUUGGUUGAUCCAUUCUACGAAUUUAGUCUCCAAGGCUUGCCCCUGUGCCUGCAAAAACGUCAAUUCCUGCAAAUUUGCCAUUGCCAAAAAAUUCACAGACUCAAUCAUAAAUAAUCAUGUAAGUAAAUAA